AUGCGACGGAGACUGCUCCAGUCCGCGGGCACAAGGCCAACCAGCGGCGCCCUUGUCCGGGUUAGAGAGGGGUCCUCUCGAAAGAGAGUGGAAUUCACUUCUUGCUUCUUGGGGGGAGUCACGGUCCGACGGCCGAUGCACUCGGGCGGAACGCAACCGUCCCGGGAAAGGAAGCGAGGAGGAAGGGAGGAGAAGAAAAAUAGACGAAGAAGAAAUGGGUUAGUAUGGAAAUGCAUAAGAAAAUACUGUUUGCUCAGGUCUUUCACGGUACUCUUGACCGUACCGGAACCGUGCGGUACCGGUAGAGCGAACGUGUCACGCCGGUUUAUAAGAAGUGUUGAUUCACCGCUGGCGUUCUAUUCAUACUUCAAUAUGGAAGCUACUAGGAGACUCUUCACGUCCCUAAGAAUAAACUAG